ACUCCAAAAUCUUUAGCCACAGUAAGUGUUUAACUAGCAAAGAAUAAACACAUCCUGGAUAAACAUAUUCUGACAAAUCCAAGACUACAUGGAUAAGAUGAAGCUUUGGUUUCUCUACUGUGUUUCCUGCCUGAUGGUUCCUAUGAGCUGCGGUCAGCUGCCGGGGCCCCAGGGGCCCCAAGGUGAGAAAGGACGUAAAGGGUUCCCAGGACCACCCGGGUCCCUAGGAACACCCGGGUUACCAGGACCUGCCAUCGUCUGUGGAGGAGAUCGCUUUGAUUCCAUUGAACAAAAACUCCAAAGACUGAAGAUGAUCGCUGCAAAGAUAGACCUCGCUGUUAGCUUUGACUUUGUGAGGAAGAUAGAUCAGAGAUACUUUGUGUCCAACAAGGAGAGAGGAUCGUUCCUGACGGCCGUGGAGUUCUGCUCCCAACAUGGCUUAGAAGUGGCUCUGCCCCAGAGUGAGGAGGAGAACCGGAAACUGAUUCAGCUGCUUGGUGAAGCUGAUAAAAGAGCCUGGAUCAACAUCAACAGUCAGAAAGCAGAGGGGAACUUCCAGGCUGACAUGAAAAAUCAAGCCCUGAAUUUUACCAAAUGGGGAGAAAGUCAGCCGGAUCCAACCGUUCAGGAUACUGGCUGCAGCGUGGUCACUGAGAACGGCACCUGGAGACUGACCAAAGACUGCUCUCUGGACGCUUACAUCAUCUGUCAGAUAUAGAAAUCUAACAUACAGCUUCUCUGCCUUUUCUCACUUUUUGUCUUUCCUUUUGCCCUGAUUAUAUCAUCUUUAUGACCUAUAACUUUUACAUAAGCAAACGCCUAUUAACUGACCUGCAUAGCAAAAUAUCUCCGUUUAUAAAUAUUCAAUCGUGUGGUAUUUGGCAUUA